CCUUCACUCACUCCACUGCGGCUCACUCAGCGCUCUCGACCGCUGCGCUGCCGCCGGAGCACCGCCAUGGAUUUACUCCAGCUCUAAAUACGUGGGAAACACGCUUUUCUUCUGUUUUAAGGUAUGAGCCAUGAACCAAAGUCUCCAUCAUUAGGCAUGAUUUCGGCAGCACCAUGCAGCAUGGCGACUGUAAGCCCCCUCACUCCCUCCCCCAUCAGCGGAGCAAUGGUAGCCAACGGGAGCCCCGCGUCCCAGUCUGGACACUCAGGAUUCGCCGCCGCUCUCCGCAAGCUAGCCAAACAGGCCGAAGAGCCAAGAGGUUCCAUAAGUAGCGAGUCAUCACAUGUUUCCUCCCCAGUGACCAAUCACAUUUCUCCGGUCAGUACGCCGAAGCGGGUUGCCAUGGGUGCCAGCCUGGGCCCACCCACAGGCACCCCUCCUGUGGUCACCAUCGCCCCGACUAAAACAGUCAAUGGCUUUUGGAGGUCUGAAGGACGCCAGGCUGAUGCAGGAUUAAGAGGGUCCGGCCAUGAGCGUUUGGCCCCAGAUCGGCCUUUACCAGGCCAGGAGAAGCCCUCCUUCUCUCUCCCUCCAUACCUGGGUUCAGCCCAUCCUUUCAGCAUGACCCCGAGUGCACUGAUGCAGGACCCGCGUCUGCAGACUCACUUGUCCCGGCAGGUUCCUCAUAUGCUGCUAGCAGGGGCUCAGGAUGAGUAUGUUCGCGAUGGCUUUCGUCCGUAUGCCUCCGCUGAAGAGCUGCACAUGCCUUUAGGGUUCCCUCUAGGGCUCAGCCCAGGAACUGCAGCCGACGCUCUGGCGUACUUUCACUCAGGAUAUUUGCCUCACCCCUCGCUCGCUUCAUACAGGAUGGAGGAUUAUUACAGUCUGUCCGCUCUCCGCUCGCAUUACUACCCGCUUCCAGAGGGGGGAACCCUGCAGGCCCUCCACCCGUCUGCUGUGCACCUGCCCAUGCCGGGCGUCUUUUACCCUCCUGACAUCGCACACCAGUCGCUGUCAGCGCUGCACUCUGAGAGGCUGCAGAUGGAAGAGGAGCUUCGCCAGCAGGAGAGGGAACGAGAGCGAGAGAAGGAGAGAACGCGUGAAAUCCAACGAGAGCGGCAGUGGGAACAGGAGGUGCAGAGAGAGAAGGAAAGAGAGCUGGAGAUUAAAAAAGAGCGAGGCAGAGACAUCCAGGCGGUCAAGGCCGUGGAGAAACGCCACCUGAGUCACGAGCCGCCAGCCAGCCAACACUCGAUCUCACAGUCUCAUCCGUACACACACCGGCAGCCCGUGAAGGAACGAGGCACGCUGGAGGAAAGACUCGCUGCUAACAGACCCGAUAAACCCAAAGAAACGCCACUGCUCAUGCCUCAGUCUGGUCCAUACUCAUCCUCAGGAGGUCCUUCAUCCAUCUCAACCUCAGGCCCUGGCCUCUCUUCAAGCAUCCAGUUUGGGAAGAGCCACAGACCCAUGGUAACUCCCAUGAUGCUCCAGCGGCAGGAGGACGAUGACAGAUGGCUCUCCAGACAGAGAACGCUGAAGGUAGAGAAAGCGGACAGACACAGCCAGGAGUUUCAUCAGCAAGACAAGCAGCAGGAUGUUGGUCGAACCGCAGAACCAGCAGAACAGAGACAGACUCACAGGUAUGGCACACACCAUCAUGACAGGGGUGUCAGAGACAUGCCUCAACCUCUAGGGGCGCCGCCACCUCUCAUCACCCCCAAACCUCUUCCUCGGGACCAGCACCCCUCUUCUCCUGCUCCCAGCAGACUCUGGAACCCCGUCUCCCUCCUCAGCUCGCCCUCUGACCGCCCUCUGUCCCACAUCCGUCCUUACUCAGGCCACAGCAGAGCAAAACCUCCUGAGGAGGACGUCAGACCCUCCACCAUGCGGGUUAGCAGCCUCCUGGAGCCUGGCAAAUACCUGGCGGAGCUGGAGAAAUCCACCUGCAGCUUCCUGAACCAGCAGAGGGCCGCCUUCUCCCAAUUGGGACAAUCUGCAGACAACAGGCCACCCCAGGGACCGGCUCUAGACAGGACAGACCCCAUGAUGGUGUAUGACCAGGCUCUCCAGCAGCACAGGAGACUCGUCAGCAAGCUUGACCUGGAGGAGAAGAAACGCAGGGAAGCCAGAGAGAAAGGUUAUUACUAUGAAUUAGAUGACUCCUAUGAUGAGAGUGAUGAGGAGGAAGUUCGAGCUCAUCUGAGAAGAGUCGCUCAGCAGCCUCCUCUCAAACUAGACACAUCUACAGAGAAGACAGAGUUUCUGUGUUUGUUUGGACUGACUACUCUCUCUAAGCGGGAUGAGCUGCUGGAGAUGAAGAGGAGGAAGAGGAGGAGGAUGUUGCAGGAGCGAGUCCCUUCACCCUCAGCCGUGCCGAGCAAACGUAAGACUCCGUCUCCUCCUCAUCCUCCGCUCAGCACGCACUUCACCCCAGAGGAGAUGGACCGCACUGAUGAACUGGAUGACAAGAAACACUUCCUCAGCAUGUUCGACCUCAGCCAUGUCAGUCUGGAAGAAAGACAAAAGAAUAAGAAGAUCAUGGACUUGCUGGAAGCCAUCAAACAAAAGACUGUUACUUUGGACACCCUCAGAUAUGCCACAGAUACGCCCUGUUCCAGCCCGUCCACUUCAGUGUCUGCUGUCUCACAUCUCAAUCAGUCAGUCAGUAAUGUUCACCCUGAACCCCAAAAUCACUUGCAUGAAAACCCUCAUCCGCCUCAAGACCCGCCACCACUGGCCCCUCUCCACACUCAAGGCCAACCCAACAUGACGUCCUCCAGCAGAAGAGGCCCGGGCCUGCAGGCCCUCGUCCGACCCAAGGACGAGCCGCCUGGACUGAACGGAGUAAAACUCCCCAUCUGGGAGCAAAUAAACUCUGAGGAGUUCGCACAGCACUUCCAUCAGUCCGUGCUGCAGUCCACUCAGAUAUCCCAGCAGAAACAGAAAGGUCGAGCGAAUGAGCAGUUUGAGCCCCCUGCGCUUCCACCUCCAGGCCUCCAGAGGGCGACAAACAAACUCCCUAAUGGACAAAGCAAUGGCCACUCCUGCCAAAUAUCAGCCCAACGCGUCUCUCCAGGCAUGAGGAAUGACUUCUCAGCUGAGGAGGGCGUCAGUUCAGAUGAAGACGAUGAGGAGGAGUUGUUCAGUCCCAGGUGGAAAGGGAUUGAGUCGAUAUUUGAGGCGUACCAGGAGUACAUGCAGGAGAGAAGUAUAGAGCAGCAGGUUCUCCAGAGCGAGUGUAGACGUCUGGAGACGCAGCAUUACAAUCUCACUCUGACAUCUGAGCAGCUUUCUCAUAGCAUGAGGGACCUGUUGGCACAGAAGCACAAUCUUGCGCUAAAGAGAGAUCGUAUGCAGGCCGAACUGGAGCACAUCAAGAAAUGUUUGACAUUGCCAUUAUUACACUGGCACAGAGGAUACUACAAGAGACCUUCUCCAAGGUGACCAUACUCACCCUGAAGAUGGGCCACAGAGUGACAGGGAGCAAUGCGGCCUCACAUGAGAACUUCAUUUACCGAACAUGUGAUGAUUUCAGCUUUGGCAUGAAGAAGAUAGACAAGCUAUUGUUCAUUAUCUGGUGCCAGAGUCUGACGCCUCACCUGCACUACAAGUCCAACCACUAGAUAUAACAAAACAGGCAUUUAACAGCCGUCUUGAAUAUCCAUUACUUGACAUACGGACUACAUUUGACAGGACGUUUGCCAAGAGGUGCAGAAAACCAACCCAGAGCUGGAUAUGCACUUACAACUGAUCUCUCAGACAUUUGGUACAAAACUCUUGUUCUGGAUGAUGGGCCGAUGUGGAAUUUAGUUCAAAUGUUUUCAUAUUUAUACAGUUUUUAAAAGAAUAUGAUUGUAUAAAAUACUCUCGAAUCACAUUUUUGUAUGUUUUUAUUAUUAACGAUUAAUUAUAAAAUUUGGAAUAUAAAUAUUUGAAUGCUUUUUGCAGGGAAAAAAUGUGUUGACAAGGUACUGCUGGUCAGAUCGGGAGAAAUGUUGGAGAAAGAAGGAACUGAAGUGGGUUGAAUUGAGUUUUCAUUUCAAAAUUUGGAAAAAAAUGUUAGUUUAUUAAUUGUAAUUGUCCGAAAGUCAUGAAAGUGUUUGUCAUAACAGUGUUCCUGUAUGUUUUCUUAUUCUCUCUUCGUCUCCCACCAAACCAAAAUUUCAAUCGACUAGUACACGGCUAUUUGAAAAUGGAAAAUAAACCGAUCCAAUGUGGGAAUUACUUUAUAAUAACUUUCAAUAAUGACAAACGGCAUAUAAUAUUUAGCAGACCAGCAGUUCAUGUACGUUCAAGUGCUUCAUGGCAGUUGUUUAUGUGAAUGUACAUUAAAUAAAUCAAGCAGUCGAUCAUGAUCAUAUGGAUAAUCAAAAAAUAUAAACAAAUAAUACAAAUAUAUUUAAAAUUGUAUAUAUAAAAUAAAUAAAAGCAAAAUGUAGCAGCUGAGGAUCUCAAAUAAUACCAGUGAAAUAAUAAUAAUACCAAUCAAUUGAAUAUUAUAUUUUCU